AUGUCCAAGGGCAUCGGCGCCGGCGAUACCCGCUACGAAGCUGUCAUUUCCAUUGGCCACAGCCUCCUGGGAAAGGACGCAUUCGAUUUCGAACGCGAUGAGCUUCACGCCGUCGUGAUGCUUGCCGCGGGGGGGGAGAAGCUCGUGCACGACGCCGACAGGCUGGACACGCAGAGCCAGAAGGGCUGGGCGGCGUGUGCCCGGUUCCUGAAGAAGGCGGAGAAGGCGGCCGCCGCCCUCAAGGUCGAGCAGGCGCCCAGGGCGUUCCGGGAGAGGUUCACCGCGAACUUCAAGGCGCUCUUCGCGGGCUCCGAGCGGAGCUACCGCGUGGACGUCCUCGAGGCGUCGCUGUCGCUGACGCCCGCGGUGUGGGCCAACGGGGAGGCCUACGAGCUCAGCGAGGCGGCGGUGAACCACGCCAAGGACCUGCGCGAGGCGUGGCUCGGCCUCCGGGAGCUCCUCGCCGGGUGGUCGUCGCCGGAGCGCACGGCCAGCGGCCGCGCCCGCUCGGAGCUGUGCGCGCGCCUGCGUCGCCUCGACCUCGCGUGGGCGGGCUUCGAGGAGGCGUACGUGGACGGGCUGCUGCAGGUGCAGCAGCGCGCCCGGGGCGCCCUCGCGGGCGCAAUCGAGCAGGAGGGCCGCCUGCAGGCCGCUGAGGCCGCCUCCAGGACCGACCGCUCGGAGGACGCCAUGGACGCGUACCGCCAGGAGGAGGUGGCGCUGCUGGAGCACCUGGGGCAGCUGAGCGUGGCCGCUGGGGCCCCCAAGCCCUCCACCCAGGUGGCGGAGUUCGCGGUGCAGAUCCUGGACGAGGCCGUGCAGGUGCUGGCGAUCUCCGGCGCCUGCUGCGACCAGGGCGUGCCCGACCCGACGGUCGUGCUGGCCGCGCGGGCAGUGGACUCCUACAAAGGCCUGCGCGACUACCUGGUCAACGUGAAGGAGCACAUGGACAAGGUGCACCCCCAGCUCGCGAGGAACGCGGGGCUCACCGAGCGGCUGACCCGCUGGGAGGAGAGCUGGGAGCGCGCCGCCCUGUACACGGAGAACCCCGACCUCAUGGAGGGGGUCCGCCAGCUCGUCGGCUUCCUCGCCUGCGCGCUCGAGGCCGCGCCGCCGCUGCGGCAGUUGCUCGAGGACCGCGACGCGGAGCUCUUCCUGGUGCUGCCCCGGCUGGUGUGCCUGUGCCUGCUGUCGGACCCUGAGAGCGGCGUCACCCGCCUGCUCCAGCCUCUGAUGCCCAGCCGCCUCGCGGGCGCCGACCCCGACGCCAUUAGGGCUGCCCGUCACAGGCGCUCGCGGCCUCCGCCGACCUCGAGGACGUCAUCGACCUCCUCGGCGGCGCGGCGGAGCAGACCGCCUGGGAGGCCUUCGCGCGGCGGGCCGUGGCCGGCGCGGGGGCGCCGCCGGCGGGCACGUGCUCGGAGGUUGACCCUGCCGCCGCGAGCGCCGUGGAGGACCUGA